AUGAGCGGUGCCUCUUCCAUUCUUCUCUCUCCUAGUCGUCAACCUGUCGCCUCUCCAGGCAGCACUAUAAAGCAAAUAAGCGCCAACGCCCCCGUUUUCGAUGGCGCCGAAUCUCUCGAAUUGCCAGAGGCUGUGAUGCCAAUGCUCGAUGGUGUGGAGGAGAACUCUACCACGGCCUCGUCGAGUGAUACUACUAGGGAUGCCAGCGAGUCUUUCGUCAUUGGUGUGGCUGGUGCCUCAGCCGCUGGCAAGACCAGUCUUUGUGCCGAGAUAAUGCGGAGACUAGGCGUUAAGAAA